AUGAGCGAACUUUUAAAUUAUCUAGUACAGAAUGACGAUAAUUUCCGGAGAGCCCGUCUUCCAGCCCUCUACUCCGAUUUCCGAUCUCAGCGAACCCUCAACCCGGACGGCUUCGCCGCUAACGUCGCAGCAUGGAAGCGCGGUCUCUCCUCCGCUGCCCUAACCGGCCACGCUCCCUCCAAAUCCGCGACGCAUAACCACCUAAGCCUCGACCUUGAAAGCGAUGCCCUCUUACGCUCACUCGAAAGCAAGCAAUUUGGGCGGCCGCUCGCUCUAGGUACCGUGUUACAGGAGGCCCUAGCGAGCGGGGAGAUGAUGCCGCUACAACAGUUCCUCAAGGCGAAGGAGAGCAUAUAUCACCGAUCGUGGAGUAGUCUUCCAUGGUCAAUCGUUUCGUGGGGACUUCGACAGGCCGGGAUCGGUGGGCCGGGCGAUAGCUUGCCCAAGGGCCAAUUCGUUAUAUUGCACAACUUGGAAGUGGUAUCAAAAACAUUUGGCGAAGCGACUGCAGAUCGUACAUCGCCUUUCGAACGGACAUUUUCAAAAACACAUUUCCAACGGACGUUUGCGGAGGGGUUGCUUGAGAAGCAGCAGCGGUUAUCGGAGAUAGACCUGGAAGUACUAGUGACCUUUCUUUCGAGAGAUAAGAAUGUGCUAGCUACAGACGGGAACACGGUUAAGAUCCGGAGCGGCGGUGAGGAUAUGGUAAUCACUCAGGAGGAUUCGGCGAUCGCGUCCCUGAAGGAACUUAUGGAGGACCUAACGCGGCAGACCGAGGUGCUGAGCCGGCGUGUCGAUGAGUUAAACGUCGCUGCCCAGGAUGCUGUCCGGAGAAAGAACAAGGUCGCUGCGCUUGCGGCCCUUAAGUCGAAGAAGUUGGCUGAAACGAACCUGUCGCGACGGCACGAUACGCUUAGCCAGUUGGAAGAUGUGGCGGCCAAGAUUGAGCAGGCUGCUGACAAUGUUCAGCUAGUGAAGGUGAUGCAGUCGAGCACAGUAGCCUUACGCAGCCUAAACGCGCAAGUCGGCGGUGCCGACAAAGUCGAUGAAGUACUGGAGAAUCUACGUGAACAGAUGGGUGAAGUAGACGAGGUAGGCAAUAUCAUCGCUGAGGCCGGUCCCGGAGCCACUAUCGACGAAGCAGAGGUCGACGACGAACUCGAGGCUAUGCUGGCAGAGGAGCGGAAGAAAGACGAAGAAGUCGAGAGAAUCAAGCGCGAGGCACAGGAACAGAAGGAGGCCGAGGAGACCAGACGCAAGCUCGCCGAACUGGAGAAACUGGGUCCCUUGCCUGUGCCGGGACAGGAAGGAGAGAAGGCCUCAAGACCUCUUACGCCUAUCACGGCUACGGCUAAUGAGCUGGGAGACAUGCAAAUAUAA